GGGGAGGAGAUGCAAAUCUGUUCAAAUGCUGGAAACAAAACUGUUGAGAAAUGGAGUCUGGUAUGUUUUCUUGUGUGUGUUAGGAAAUUGCUGCAGUACUUAUAAAAUACUUAAUACAAUACUUUUCCUUAUAGAAUACCAACAUGCAUAUGAUUUGUCAUCCACAAGGGGGUGCUGCAGCACCCUCAGCACCCCUACUUCCCACAGCUUUGUACUCAGCUUCAGCUCAAACUGUAUGACUUCCUCACAGAGCAAAUCUUAUGAGUUAUGAGCUCACACUGUACAACCCAGUUCUCUGAUGUGACUCGACCGCUCACACUGUACGGCUGGUAGCAGCACGUCGAACCCAAAAAUAUGCUGAAAAUAGCGGUUUUUACACAACACGCCAUACUUUUUUUGUGUUGUUAUUGAUGUCUGUUGUCCUUCGGGGGUACUGUAGAAGUACACACAGGGAUUUAUGUGGUUGGAUGAGGAAGACGAAAGAAAAAAGUAAAUCAAUGUUUUGUGAUCAGUUUAAUUUGACAUAAACAUGGCAAACACACGUUGUUGACAAUCCUUGUCAUUGUGUGCGUUAAAUAAGUGUAUAAAUAAGAACGACCAACGUGUGUUAACUCAUUCACUGCCAGCCUUUUCCUGAUCGGUAAAGCCCUUCGCUGCCAGCGUUUCUCAACGUUUUUACUGUUUUUUUAAGAGUCACAGAACAUUGCACGCUAGGAUGAUAUAAAUGCCAAAACUACCAAAACAAAGAGUAGACUCACCUCUUACAUCAGGAAGAAUUUGCACGUUUCGAGCGUUAUCCGUUCUUUCAUAAUCCGUUGACAAAUUGUGAUCUGCAGAAGCUUUUCCGGUUCGCGCCUCACGUUUUUUACAGCAACGGCCCAAAACGAUCUACCAACACAUGGAUUUUCUGCUUCCUGGUCACGUGACGUGUGACUUAUGCAGAUGAAGAUCGGCUUUAGAGCUGAGAUGUUUGUUCUCACGGUGCGGGGGCUCGUUCCGAUGCCCACACAGUAAAAAAUAAUGCAAAUGAUGACUUAAGUUGUCAUUGGCAGUGAAUGGAUGGAUGUAAAAUGAAGACUUUAGUCAUCAAUGGCAGUUAAUGAGUUACUAGGGAAAUAGCUGGCGAGCCAUGUUGAUGCAUGUUUGUCCAUGCGCUGUGAGCGUUUCUGGUACUUUUUGGGUCUUAGCAGCUCACAGCGCCACUUCAACAGAUGAGCAAAAUAUGAAGCACGCCAAAAAUCCAUGCAAACUCAUGGUUGCUGAUGUGUAGCUGGUCAUGUGGUGUUAAUCGUGUAUCGUUACCCCCUGUGUACUACACAACGCUCAGCGCAAAAUUCGCCCUGAUCUUGUAGGUUCUCGCACGAGGGGAAAAUUGGUUUAAAAAAGUGGAAAAGUCGCAGUGUAUGCCUAGCUUAACAGGGUAAAAGGUUAUCAUGAAUUAGACUUUUUUUUGAUAUGUUGGGUUUUAUCUUUUGACCUUGUGUCGGUGUACUUAACAAUAAACAGACUACCGAAAGGAGGCAGGUUUAUGAAGGCCUCCAGUCAAAGGAAGAAAAAUAUUUUCUUUUUGGUGAUGGUGACCUGAAAGCAUUUUAUUAUCUUCUAUAGAUACUUACUAAAUCAGAUAAUGUAAAAGAUGUUUCUUCUACACUAUCAAAUGUUUUAUUCAUGAUUUACUCUUUACCCUCACACUGUUAUUCAGUCGAAUUUUAUAACUCGCUGAUAGCAUUUUUUAAUGAAAAGAUUAAAAAAAAAUCACCAGGGUAUGGGCUCCCUCUGGUGUAUUUGUCUCUGUUGAACACUUUCCUCUGACUUCCACAUUCUCAGAGUUUGAGCAUCCUUCUGCUUCAGAGAUUGCAGACCUUAUCCGUAGCUCCAAAUCUUCCACUUGUCUUCUGGAUCCCAUCCCUACUAGUUUACUUAAAACUUCUGUGUCGGCCUUGCUUCCACUUAUUAUAUCUGUUAUCCACUCCUCUCUUGUUACUGGUGAUGUCCAUCAGUCACUGAAGUCAGCCCUAUACUGAAAAAACCUGUGGCUGAUCCAGAUGACCUAAAUAGUUUUAGACCCAUUUCUAAUCCCCCUUUUCUUUCAAAAAUCCUGGAGAAAACUAGUUUCACAGCUCCGAAUCGAUUAUUGCGAGUUAAAUGUGAACGAACAGUUUCAGUCAGGUUUCCGUCCUCAUCACAGUACAGAAACUGUCCUCAUCAAAAUAUCCCUAACAAUUUGCUAAUGGCAGCUGAUUAUGGAGUAAUAUCCAUUCUGGUUCUUUUGGAUUUUAGUGCUGCUUUAGAUACAAUCUCUCACUCCACUCUGUUGGCUAGGUUGGCAUCUACUCUUAUUUCUCUGACAGGACUCGCAUCAUUCAAAUGAAGACUUUUGCUUCCUCUCCAUCUGGUGUCGCUUCAGGGGUUUCUCAAAGUUCAGUACUUGGCCCUCUUCUUUUUCUAGUUUAUCUGCUUCCCCUCUGGGCUAUUUUUAGGAAUUUCAAGCUCCAAUUUCAUUGUUAUGCUGAUGAUACUCACCUUUAUGUUUCCACCUCUCCGUCUACUCUUCUUCCUCCAGUAGCUCUCACUGAAUGGCUGUGUCUCAAUUCAGGGUCUGCAUCCUACGUCGGCCGGAUUCGUCUGCCGGUUACGUCACAGCGCCGCGACCUGGCCUGUCCCAAUUCGAAGACUCCUUCAAAUGUGGUCGAUGAAUCCGGCCUUCUUUUUGCCUGAAUGAAGGAUGGGUCUGGUGUAAUAGGUAGCAUUUCCCAAGAUGCCUUGCGGACGGGCCGGCAGAAAAACUUUUAAAAACAAUGGCGGACAGUGAAGCGGGAGCUGUUGGAGAGGAUUGCGCACAUAAAUGUCAGUAUAAACUUAAAUUGUUAGGUUAAGGACUUUUUGUGAUACAUGAACGUUAUUCUAGUUAGAAAUGUUACAGUAAAAGUGCUUGUAUUGCGAUCUCGGCUCUUAUGUUCGGCCGCUCGGUGUCGUACUUCUCACGCUGUUUUCCCCCUGAUUUCAAUAGGAGUUUGUAUUUUAGGGACAAGAGAAAACCAGGGAAUUUAUUAAGCUUAGGGCGGAGAUGGACCACAUGAUCACUGGAGCAAAGUAUUCAGCGGCUGUGGCAUGGAGUUGCUUUUCUUACAUAUUUGUUAAGACUAUUCUGGAGAAAAUGGGCAUCCAGGGGAAGGUGACAGCGAUGACCAGCUUCUGGAGCUGAUCAGGGAGGACAUGAGGCUGCAGAGGGAGGCAGAGCAGCAGAGGGCACAGGAGAGAAGGGAGAAUUUUGACAGCUUUUUACUUUGCUAGAAAAAAAUGGUUAAUACAGAUUAAACAUGUACAUAUAAAAUAAAUAUCUAAAUAAAAUCAGUUCUGCAUUAAACUCUUGAAUUUUAUUUUUGUUUACAAAUGAGAAUUGUUUACUAGAGGGUAUCCCGCUGGGUCUUGAAAAGUCUUAAAAUGUGAUAAAUCGGUUUUGGUCAAAUUAAGACCCUUAGAAAGUAUUAAAACUAUUAUCACAUCUUUGCUCAGGCUCAGCUUGUCGAAAGUAUUUUCUCUGACAUCGCUCUCCAACAGUCAAGGAAAUGAUUAAAAAGCCAAAUAAAACUUCGAGCUCCAUCGUUUAAAGUUCCUUCUCCCUUCUGCUCAGCGGUUCCACGGUUACUAGGCGACGGAACGUUCGCCGAGGGAGUGGUGGGAAUUCAUGAAGGCUAGGCCUGUACAAAUUCACAGCCGUUAACAUCCGGUCUACUCGGCCGACGGAGGACCCAGCCCACGUCGGCCGAGUAGACUGGGUCCUUCGAAGGAUGCAGACCCUGAAUUGAGACACAGCCAAUGUCUGGCAAAACUCAGGUCAUGGUUUUCCAAGAACUUCCUAUGACUUAACCCUAAGAAAACUGAGGUGCUUCUCAUGGGUACGAAAUCUGCUCUGGGGAAGGCUGGCAGCUUCUCUAUAGUCUUUGAGAAUGUCACUGUUUCCUGUGUGGUUCAGGUUGAGAGCCUUGGUGUUCUCUUGGACAGUACUCUGUCGUUUCAGCCUCAUACCAAUUCAAUUUCAACCAAAGGAUUGUUGAGUUACCGCCAUCAAAAACCAAGUAUCAUUAAAGUAGUAGUAACAAGAAAUAUUUACUGGUACCUAGGGAUGUCCGAUACAACUAAUUUCACUUCCGAUACGAUACUGAUAUUGCGUCCUUCAGUAUUGACAGAUACCAAUAUCAAUCCGAUACGGUAUCGGCACUAAUCAUACAUACUUUUACCUACCUCGUAGUGAUAUUACCCAAUCGGAAAACAAGAGCCGGCUACAGUAAGUAUGAAAAAAAUGACAAAUCUUUUUUAACCAUUGGUUGCAAAAAUGCAGGCGUGGAAACUUAAACUGCCUGAGCACCAUUGGCAGUAAAAUUUCUCGUUGUGCAGUAAAUAAUUGAGGACUUACCACCCAGGUGGCGCCCAAGUUUUGUUUGUCAUUUAUACCGAUGUUCACCUCCCCCUGUGUUCACGCAUUUGGGAUACAUCAUGGCCGCGCCCUAGGGGUGCAACCAAUGGAUCAUCAUUAAUCCGCGAUCCUUUCAGAUCUCUCUCUACAAUUUGACACCCACACAGUUUGCAGAUCGGCCGUGCGGAGGGUGGAGGCGCUACCUGUUCCAUGCAAAGGAGAAACGCACAGUGGUGGUGAGGGCGGAGGAGGAGAGGAGCUUGAAAAACUUCCUGCAUCGUUUAGGUCGCAUGUAUGGGAGCAUUUAGGCUCCCCUGUAAAACACAAUGAUGAUACAAAUGGCAAAAAUAUACACACGCAUUCGCCUCCAGUCUGACGGCGCGAUACAGCGCCACACACACCUUCCUCCGGUUGCUGUGAAAGGAGGGAGGGUACGGUACGUCCCGUGAAACAUGCCUUGGAAAUUUCACAAACGUCGUGGGACCUGUAACUAUUGUUGGGGAUAAGUCUGUAAAAGGGGACAAAAGAAAAAUAAACAGCGCAUUAGAAGGGUGAGGAGAUGAACGAAUGCUGAACAUGAUUGGAUAGUGUGUUUUAGUGGGGCAAACCGUUUUAACAUUUAAUCAGCAAUUAGACCCCUCUGUAUCUCUUGCUUUUAUAGCAAGUUUCAAAUUGAGUAGAAAAUGUUGCAAAGCUGAUAGUGUUUGUGUAGGAUGUUUACAGUGCACGUAUUGCACUUAUUUCUUUAUUUUCAAAAUGUUUAUUUGGAAACCUUAUUUAGUUGCAUCUACACGAACAAGGUUUUACUGAAUUUAUCUUUAUCAGAUACACAUUGUUUUUUGAUAGUGUUAUUUUAUUUAUUUAUUUCAAAUAUUUGAAAACCUUACUUUCUUGAUGCUACAAGGGUCAGUGAACUUAAUUUCUGGUGAUCGGAUGAAGCAGCCCUCUGUAUUUUAUUUGGAUUGGUAGUAUGGAAGUUUACCCUUUUAUUUCAUGUUUGACACUUAAAAACUGUGUUACUGGCUAGUGGUGAUUGGACUCUGGGCUGUUUAGUUUAUAUGACAGGGUUGUUUCUUUGAUUGUGUAUAUUGCACUAGUAUCUUGUAACCCAAUCUUGAAAUUUAAUAAAUAUGCAUUUGAAACAUUACAGUUGCAUAUUUAUUUUUCAGGAUGGACAUUUUGUGACCUCAUACUUAUCUUAAGUUACCUUUUGAGACAUGGUGCUAUUGGUCUCCUACCCGUAGAGCUUUCUCAAGUACAAAUACAUGAUUGUAGAGAAGAGUUUAUUAUAGCCUCAUAAAAUCAACCAUAAUGAUAAUAAUAAUGAUUUUAAAGCAAACAGACCUCUAGUAUCAGAAUAAUAUCGGUAUCGGCAGAUAUCUAAAUCCAGGUAUUGGAAUCGGAUCCAAGUGAAAAAUUGUUGAUCAGUGCAUCCCUAGUACAACGUCCGCAUCACUGCAGAUGCAGCACCAAUCCGCUUAUCGAUCCCAUGCUCCAGCUUUCUCUCACUCGUGAACAAGACCUCGAGAUACUUAAACUCCUCCACUUGGGGCAGGAUCUCAUCCCUGACCCGGAGAAGGCAUUCUACUCUUUUCCGACUCAAGCCCCCCAUCUGUUCUUAUUGUAAUAAAAAUUUUUGUCAAUCACGUUGAACGAUCAGCUAACCAAAUACAUGAUUUAAUAACAAUCUUGAGAUUUUAGGAGGAAUGCAGAGAAGCACUCUGACAGACAGGACGAGAGCCUUAGGAUAAACAUGAGGGAGAGGAGAGGAGAUGUGUCUGUGUUCUACGAGUGCCGGAAGAAUUAUAUUAUAAGAAGUAUAUUAAAAUUAUAUUCAGAUGUGUUUUCCAAGACAAAAUUUUAAAAUAUUAACACCUUUUCCAAAACAGAAAAAAACAUUCCAUGUUGGUUUUUAGUGUAAAAUAGAAAAGAAAUGAUAAACAGAUUAUCUGGUGCAGUUUUUCUGGAAUGAGGAAAGAUCUGUAAAAGCAAACUGUAGUAGUGUGAUGCCUUAGCCUGGCAAGCCAGACUAAAUAAAUAUAUCUGUCAGGAAACGUUCCAGGGAUGGCUCUCGGUCAUGGGGCUGUUUCUACCUUUGUCUUUCAAACGAUCACUGCAUGCUACUGGACAAUAAACAACGGGACGUACUCACUGCAACGCAUGUCAGUCAAAUAGGCAGUCCACUGUUGAAGAAGGCAAAAGUACAUAAUUUUUCUAAAAAUAAGACUUAAACACAUCUAUCUGCUCCUGAUUCUAAUAAAGCCCAAGUUCAAAUAGUCCAAAAUUGAUGUAAAAGUCGUUCCAAAUAAGCUGUAGCCAUCUUGUUUACCUACGUCGCAUCAUCCCACCCACCAAACCAAUAGAGCACCCUGAUUGGCCCACAAAGCCAAAAGAGCGCUGUAAUUGAUGCACCAUUGUGGAACAAUCACAGUGCUCUAUGGGUUUGAAACCCCAAUAGAGACCUGUGAUUGGUCCCGCCAGAAUGCAGCUGGGGGCCACGGGGCAUUCCUAGCCUGUGGCCAUAAACAGAUCUUUGUGGUUGUUCAAUGUUUAUUUUCUUUAAGUAAGAGCUAUUCUGAGGUCUCAUUAUUUUCCAAACAUCUUUAUUUGGAACAGAUUAAAAUAAAAUGAGAUUUAUUUUUUAUCACAUUAAUCUACAUUUUCUUUUAUCCUGUCCAGAACCUCCACAGCAUCAAGUUUGGGAAAAAGAGAAGGUUCUGACUGACCAGCAGCUCUUUAACCAGCAGUCGACCUCCAGUUUGGACCAGGAGGAACCAGAACCUCCACUGAUCAAGAAAGUCCAGCAGGAACUCUGUAGCCAACAGCAUGAAGGGCAGUUUCUUCUGAAGCAGGAAAAUAUUAACUUCAUGGAGACCUCUUCUGAAGAAACAGAAUGCCAUGAACCAGAACAGAACAGGACCCAACCCUUGUGUCAGAGUUCUACAGAAGCUGAGAACCAAGAUCAGGGUGGAUGCAGGAAAAAAAACUCAGAAUCAAAGGGCAAUGAAGAACUGACACGUAACAAAAGACGUCAAAAAAGCAAUCAUCAUAGAGACAGUGUAAAUGGUCAAAAGCUUAAAAGGCAGAAGAGGGCUCACAGAGGUGAAAGGCCAUUUUCGUGUGAGCUCUGUGGAAAAUAUUUCAUUCACAAGUGUUAUUUAAAUGUUCACAUGAGAACUCAUACAGGUGAGAAGCCAUAUUCAUGUAAAACUUGUGGUAAAUGUUUUAGUGUCAGUAGUUCCUUGACUACACACAUGAGAACUCACACAGGUGAGAAGCCAUAUCCAUGUAAAACUUGUGGUAAAUGUUUUAGUGACAGUGGUUCCUUUACUAAACACAUGAGAACUCACACAGGUGAGAAGCCAUUUCCAUGUAAAACUUGUGGUAAAUGUUUUAGUGUCUGUAGUGUCUUGACUACACAUAUGAGAACUCACACAGGUGGGAAGCCAUAUCCAUGUAAAACUUGUGGUAAAUGUUUUAGUCGCAGUAGUUCCUUGACUACACACAUGAGAACUCACACAGGUGAGAAGCCAUAUCCAUGUAAAACUUGUGGUAAAUGUUUUAGUGACAGUGGUCACUUGACUAGACACAUGAGAACUCACACAGGUGAGAAGCCAUAUCCAUGUAAAACUUGUGGUAAAUGUUUUAGUGACAGUAGUUCCUUGACUACACACAUGAGAACUCACACAGGUGAGAAGCCAUUUCAAUGUAAAAGUUGUAGUAAAUGUUUCACACAGCGUGUUGCUUUGAUUAAUCACAUGAGAACUCAACACAUGUGAAAUGUCUUUUCCAUGUUUGUUCUGUAGGAGAUUCAACCAGACAUUUUCUUUCAACUUCUUAUAUGAAAAUUCACACUUGAGAUUUUAUUCACAAGUGUGCUUUUAUUAAAGCUUUUUCUACGUUAAAAUUUAGUCAAGUUUUUUUAAUACAUUUUUUAAAGUCUAUUUUACAGUAAAUCUCUUGGGGUACAGUAUGAAUGAAUGCCUUGUGAGAACGUUUCUGUAGAAAAAAAGCUCUUGUGUUUCAAGAAGUAAAGGUUAGUCAGAAGAGUGGGUGUAAAAUGGCAGGAUUUGGAGUCUGACUCAUUAAUAAUCAUGAUUAGAGCUGAAACAACUAAUCGAUUUAAUCGAUUAUAAUCGAUUAUUAAAAUAGUUAACAACUUUUUUAGUCAUCGAUUAGUUGUUUAAUAAUCAUAUUUUACCGCAUAAAGUCUAUUUUUACCACAAUCUGACAUCGGUUACAAGCUGUUAAAUUUGCCGCCAGUGUGUGGCAGUAAUGAGCCACUGAUCUACCAGUGGAGCCGUAGAAGAAGAAAUGAGCCAAUGAGUGCCCUCGGUUUUCAUGACGUAUCACGUUACUGACGCUCAUCUUGCUGUGAGAGAUGGCGGAACAAGAGGAAAUACGGAAGAAAAAUAGAAGCGACAAAACUGAAGAGAAACCCCGGACAAAAACCUCACGAGUAUGGGAGCACUUCACUAAAGAUGCCUUGAAAAGACGGGUGACCUGCAAAAUAUACAAAAACCAUCUAGCAUGGCAAGGAAGCACGACGUCCCUAAGUGAACAUUUGAGACGAAAGCAUGUGGGGGCUGAUGCAGCAGAGGAAGAGCACCGCGGUCAAGUGAGCCGUCAUUUGGAAGAGCCAGCCCG